AAAGUCUACCAAGAGAGGAAAUUGAAUUCAGUGUACAUCAAUUUCGGGCCCGUCUGCCAUCACCACAAAUUUACAACACAGCAGUAAAUUGUCAGUAAAUCAUGGAGAAUCCUCACGCCGAACGACAAGCAGUAUUGCUGGAGCGUAUUCUCAAGAACGCUUCAGCGUGCACCGAGAUGAUCCUCGAGCUGAACCACUGUGUGGAGGAAAUACUUCGUGCCAAUGCUUCUGUGAAGAUUGCAGCAGAUUUGGCGACGAAAUACCGCAAAAAUGUUCAGUAUAAUCUAGCAGCAACAACUUUGCACUCGGAGGCUCCAUAACCACCCAAGUUCAAGUUCCAUUUUGUCGAGGUCCGUCUACACUCAUCGCUCGGUUAGAAAGUAUCUUCGAUUCCCAUUAAACAGUGUCCAAGAGUACAACAUCGAGCCGGUGAUCGCGUUGCACACUGAAGCUUCAAGAUGGUUUACGCUCACACUCAACUUCCUUAUACCAAUCACUCAGCUGCGCCGUCUUUUCGCA